AUGGAGUACCACGCCGUCCCUCCAGAGGAGCGCGCCAGAGAUGAGCAGGGUAACCUUUUGCCCUGGGGUUACGUUUACAAAGAUGAAUCUCGCAACCCCCGCCGACCAGCAGAGGAAUCAGGACCGUUCGGCAAGAGGAGAAAUGCCCGCUACGAACAUGCUCGAUCCCGCACACGAACAGGCACACCAGCCAAGCGCGAGAACCCCAAUGUCGCCGAAUUCGGCCGCCUAUUCGCCCAAAGAGCUGACGACGAGAAGAUCAGCGGCCUCCCCAAAUCAAACUCAUCCUCCAGCCUCGACAAUCCACGCAAGCAAACAGAAAGGGUUGCGACCGAGUGUAUCCUCUACGGAUACAAGGCCAAGGACGUGGAGUGGAAGGUCAUCGACAAGUACGAGCGCAUCUCCCAGGGCAUGAUCUGCGAAGACUACCCACGCAGCGACCCCAGCUCCACAUCCCAAUAUGCACAGCUGUUGAGCGGCGGCGACGUCGUCAUCCGCGCCAACCUCUCCGCGGAUGCGAACCGCAAAUCCAAGCGCUAUGCCGGCGGCUACCAUUGGGUCAAGGUCACAUUCGACUGCUCGCAGGCUGCCGAUCGCGCCUGCUUUUACUCCCCGCAGGAGGUCGACGGUCACCUUGUUUUCUGCGAGCUGUACCACGGCCACGGCCCUUCAGAAGAUGUAGCCAUCCCCGCAGACCAAGCACCACGAACCCGUGCGCCGCGCACUCUCACCUCCACACAAUCAACCUCCUUCCUGUCCAGCAUGGACCAAGACCGCAUCACACUGCCCCGUUCUUUCGCCAUGAAUAACCUCUCCAGUGUCGUGGAUGCUCCCGAACCAGACGAGUCCGGGUCCUUCGAGUCCUUCGAGUCAUCUACUGCUACUUUUACCUCUGGUACUGUCACAGGGUCAAGCGUUACUGCGACAGGCAUCUCGACAAGCCUCCUGGACCGCAGCUCAUCGCUUACCCAGCGCAAUAUCCCCGUCCCCGUGCUAGAGCCCAAGCCGGAAUCCGAAUUCAUGACACACAUCCCUACCGUCCGACGCACAAAGCUCCGCCCCCUCGCCGAAGCCCUCCCUCCCCAACCCACAGUCACCGAACGUGUACUACGAUCUAUUCCCAUUCUGAGCUGGUUCACUGGUGAUAUCGUGGGUGAUGGCCCGCAGUUCAGCGACGACGGCGCCUUUGAUUAUGACAAGUCGAACUCGUACUGGCGGUUCUGGUACAUGGUGGAUAAGGUUCUUGGAACCGAUAUCUGUGGACUGAAAGAGGAAUCUUAG